UAAAUUUGGUCAAUUGAUAUUAUUUUGUUUAUUAACCUUGCAUUAACUAUCGUCAUAUUACUUAUACAUAUACACCUUCUGCCUACCCUAAAUAAUUUUUUUGUUUAUUCUCAUAAACACUAAAGAACUGAUACUAACAAUAUGACCACCACUAUAUGGCCGUUUCGUUAUUUUUUAUUCCAUUCUUAAUAUUUCGUUCCUUUCGUUUUUUUCACUCCCCCUUUGUUCCAUUUCGUUUCUCCCUCACUUUUCCUUCGUUUCUUUUAUUCCCUUUUACUCUCCCUGUUUUUUUUCAUUCACCCUCAUUCUUUUUAAUUAAUUUUUCAGAAGUAUUUUCGAAAAAACUUUAAUAAUAAAUGAAAUGAACAGAUUCUAACACAUUUAAUUAUUCAAAUAUUUUUCC